AUGAACAAGAUCCUCUCAACCACUCUUUGUUUCGGACUCUUAACUUUAUCUGUAAUGUUCUUUUUAGAAUCUGUGCAUGGGCUGCCAUAUUUUAUCCAAGGAAAUGAAUUGUUUCCAGAUAAAGGAGAUACAGAUCGCGAAGAACUAUUGCUGGCUCUACUGAAUAAAAAUUUUGAUCUCCAAAGACCUUCCAACACUGAUAUAGAGCUGGCUAACAAAUUGGAAGAACUUAACCAGCUGGAAAAAGUGAAAGAGCAGCUCAUGGAGGCAAAGGAUGCUGAGAUGUCUUAUGCUAUAGGUGGUCUAUCUUCUUCCCAUCCUAAUAAGCGAGCUUGCUUUUGGAAAUACUGUGUCUAAACUUUUUCCUCUGGAUGCCAAAAAAGAUAAGAACAUUAGACAAAAUUAUAUAUCUACUCACUUUACUGCUUAAAGAUUGUAGCUAUUUCAAGCAUAAAGAAACGGUGGCAGAAUUUAUCCAGCAUAUUACAUGCUUAAAACUUAUGUUGUGAAUAAUGAUGACAAAUCAGUUGCACUUUUGAAUGGCAUGGGACGAUCAGAAUGGCUUUGUAGACCUGAAGUUGGGAGUGCUGUUAUCUAUUGUAUGCUUUUCAUAAAUUCAUUGUCUACAUAUAGUUUUGUCCAGAGAUGACUAGGCUGUUGAGCUAUCAAUUAAAAUAUUUUAGACAGUGUCUUGGAAAAUUAAAUUAUAUUGUCCCAAUUUAUAUGAGAAAUUAUAUUUUAUUAAAUUUAUUUAAAAUAUUUUAGAAAAUGUCUUGGAAAAUUAAAUUAUAUUGUCUCAAUGUAUAGAAAAUGUGCAUCAUUGUCUCUUCUCUUUUUUUGUGAUUAUGCUGGCUACUAUCUCUUUUCUGUUCAUUAGGACAAUUGUCACUGAGACUACUACAACCAAAUGAAUACAUUACUAAGAAGCAGAAAUCUAUUGUUUAUCGAACUCUAGGAGAAAGAUGUAUUAGAAGUUUCAGAGAUAGAUAUUAAGAAAAUUUUUGUACAGAACAAUUUGCUUUUGGAUCCUUUAAUUCUCAUCUCUGCCUCCUCCACAAUAUCAGAAAUUAUUUGAGGUUCUCAGCACGUCUGUGAGAGACUAGACUCAGUGUACCCAAAACGUCAAGUAAAACAAAACAAAAACUCAUUGGAUUUUCCUUCAUUUUUCCCCCCACGUUUUCACAUCAAACUGCUCUUGUUUACAUCUCGUCUGAGCAAACUUAUUUAAUCAAUUCAAGGCUGGGAAUCCAAUUUCAUUCUUGUUUGCCACCUGUUGUGGCACAGAAGCAUAGUCGAAGUAACUUUAUAAUUAAAGAAUAUCAAUCACUAGCUGGCCAGAUGAGCCUACCGGCAUUCCCUUACGUCACAGAACAGGGAAAUGCAGUUUAUCUACAUGAUGUUAAUUGUGUGGUGCUCAUGAGCUAGAAUGAACAAUAUUGCUUAAGCUAAAAAAAAAAUUAAAAAAUACAUGAAACUGACCAAGUUGAGUAACAUGCCUGUAGUGCUUUAAAUACACUUGUUAGGAGCCACUUAAAUGUACAUAAAUAUUAGUUGCUCAAUAAUGCCUGAAUGUUCCCACGUAUUUACACCUGUUGUGAACAUAAACAUGAUAUUAUCAUAAAGAAAACAAAACUCCUGUUUUCAUCAUCUCACGUUUAUUAACUUUGGAGCAGUUGAACAAUAUUUAUGCAUUUGUAAACUUUAGGGGUAAUGUCAUUCAAAAAAGGUUUUGAUACUUCUUCCUUUUAGAGAAAGUCAUCUGUUUAUAAUUUGUUUUCUUUUUAUAAUUUGCUUUAAGAAGUUUAAUUCCCUAAAGAUAUCUGUAGAUUAAAGGUAGAAUUUGCUAGAUAUUUUUUUUGUGUGUGUAACCAGGAAUUAAUAUCCCCCAUGAAAAACUGGUUAUAUAAUUAACACCAGAACUCAGAAAUCCAUAUUCACAGUUUGCUGUAUGAAGCUUUUUACAGGAACAAAGAAAAAUAAAAAGUAAUCUAUUUCUUUGAAACUAAAUGAAAAGUCCCUUUAAGCUGGUGACUUUCAAUGAAAUAUAGCUGGAUUUAGUAAUAUACAAUGCGUUAUACAAAUAGAUGAGAUGACUCGUCAUGUUCUUAACAGAAAUUAUGUCUUAAAUUUCCUGCUAUGUUAAAAGGAUGCCUUAUUUUAAACUAGAAUACCGCUGACUUAUUUUCUACUCUGUAUAAAAUAGUGGUAAAAGUUAAAAUAUGAAAUAAAAUAGUUAUAAGUGGAGAAAACACUUUUCUUUUUUUCUUCAUGUAAGUCUUGUGUAUUCUUUUUUUCUUCAUGUAAGUCUUGUGUAUAUGCUAUGAGACAAAUGCAUUACACAUUAGAAUAGAGUAUAAAUUGAUACACUGUGACUUCUUACUUUAGUUAAAAUGGAGGCCAUAGGCAUAAUUUUGAAUUUAAAAAUUAUAGAAGAUAGGAAAUCAAUUUGUUUAAUCCAACUUUAAAUCUUUAUCAUGAGAAAUUUUUAGGUUAAAGUAGGUUUUAAUACCUUUUGUCAAAGUGUGAACCAACAGUACCCAGUUGGAUUAGCAGCUGACAAAUAUCCAAAGGGGAGAAAAAGGAAAGAAAGAGCUUCUAAGGAAUUAGACAUAUUUCUAUAAUUCAUCAGAAAGUUGGGAAAGGUGGGCAAGAGCAAUUAUAACUUAAAUAAUUCUUUCAAAUAAUGAGUCCUGCAGUAUAUCUGUCCAUGUACCACUAACUUUCUAAUGUAAGUUUAUGAACAGAAAUUGAAGAAUCAGUGAGAUUUCUCAAAAUUCAGUUCUCUUUGCUAAGGCUCCUCUAUUACAAUUAAAAGAAUCAUUCAUUUUCAGUUUUUUCCUAAGCUUAAAGUUUUUCAGCAGUUAGAACAUUUCCCCCCUCAAGAAGUUAUAUGCAAAACCACUUUGUAUUCUAAGUGCAUAUGUUCAUCUCUAUGUCUGAGUUUAUUUUGUUCUUUGGAUCGUACAUUAAUUCAUUUUUAGGUAAGAUCAACAAUAACCCAUUUCUCUCCCCUUCUUCUAAUAUGACUAUACCUUCUCAUCACAGUCUUCCUUCUUAGGCUAAAAUAAACCUUUGCUUUGCUGACCGAACUUUUUUUCUUCCCACAUAUCAGGUCUGUUUGACAGUGAUUACUAGGGUUUAAAGAAGUGUUUUCAGAGGGUUUUUAAAUUUCUGCUGACUUAUGCUAAAUCUCUGGUCCAAGGAAUAAGUUAUCUUUAUGUUUUGAAAGCAUAUCCAAUGCACAAUGGGCUUAUGCAUCUAAAUUACAAGAACAACACAGUUUUGCUGAGAGUUGAGCUUUCCAGAAUACCAAAACUUAUGCUUUCAUAGGCCAAUUAAAAAUAAUUUGAAUCUUUUUAAAGAAAUCAUUCUCAUAUAUUCUUCAAUGCUUUAUUAAACACAGUAUAUGAAACAAAUUAAAUGGAUUCUUAGAUGAGUGAUUAACAACAAAAAGACUGUUUAUUGUAAUGUGCUAAAAUAUACUGUGCUACAAUUAGGUGAACUUAAUUGGCCCCAAGUGCUUUGGUGGUUUCCUACUUGGUGAUUCUUUGACUUCCCCAUACUUUCAUCUGUUACUUCUGUGUGUAGUUGUUCUCAUAAUCAGCCAGUGCUACUCUUAAUUAACUAUAAGUUGUAAUUUAGAGAAAUGGAAAGUUGUUAGGGGACAUGAGAUAGCCAAACUUGGCAAAUGAGUAAUAUCCUUCGUUUCCUAGUUCUAAGUCAAUGUACUCUGACCUGCAGUGUUUCUCAGUUCAUUGGGAGAAUAAAGUUUAUGGGCUUAAUUACUGCUGUUUUUUUCUGCUCAGAGACAUUUUUCUCUUGUUUCUGGAACUGGGACUGUGUUUUAUUUGGUUGAACCGGAUUGACAUUUGAAUAUAAGAGAAGUCUAGUUUCAUAAUCAUUACCCAAGAGCCUCACAGACAAAGGAUACGAGAGAAGUAAAACUUCAAGAGAAACUAUAUAGCAUUGUCUUUCCUUGAUGAACAACUGGAUUGUACCUAAAUUUUACUGGAUGAACAAUGGUGAACAACUGGAUUGUACCUAAAUUUUACUGAAAGAAAUCAGUCUUCAGU